GACACUAAAGCAAGAGUUUAUUUUGAUGUGUUUUAUAGCUACAUUGAUGUAAAAUCGAUGUGUAUGUAAAGAAUAAGUGAAUAAGGAAGAAACAAAAUGUUUGGCAGAGUGGCGUGGAGUUCGACGUUGCUCCUGCUGUCCACUCUCUCGCCUGAGCCGGCCCAUUGUAUCAAUGAGAACGAUACUACGGACCAGGAUAGCGACUUGGAGGAGGUCAGUGACUCCGUGGACUACAUGGUGGUGAUAGAGCACGGUGACGGCUGGCGGUGCUCCGGCUCCCUGGUGUCGCUGCGAGUGGUGCUGACGAGCGCGCGCUGCGGCCGGCCGCGGGGCGCGGACCUGUGGGCGCUGGCGGGGGCGGGCGCGGGGGCGGGGGGCGCGCGGCGCGUGGCGCGUGCGGCGCUGGCGGGGGCGGCGGGGGCGGCCGGCCCCGCGCCCGGCCUGGCCGCGCUGGAGCUGGAGCAGCCGUUCGGGGAGCGCGCCGCCGCCCGCCCCAUCCUCAUGGCGACGGCGGGGCGCGCGGGGGCCGCGGGGGCCGCGGGGGCCGCGGUGGCCGCGGGGGCCGCCUGCCACGCGGCGCGCCUGCUGCCGUCGGCCGGGCGGCCGCGCCUGCGCGUGGUGCGCCUGACGCGGGCGAGGGGGGCCGCGUGCGCGCGCCUGCCGUACUGGCCGGCCGCGCGCGACGACCUGGUGUGUCUGGAGGGAGCCGUACUGUGUGAGCGUGACCAGGGUGUGGGCGUGGUGUGCCAGGGUAUGCUGUAUGGCGUGCUCAGCGCCACUGUGCCGGCGGAGGCCCGUGCGGAUGAAGGCUGCGGGGAGGCGCACGCGGCACACGUGCUCUCGCGGUGGAGGCGGUUCCUGCACUGCGCGCACACGUCGGGACACUGCGGGAGAGGCGAGUGUACAUCGCAGUGCACGGAGUACGAUCUGCUUCUCCUUCCUUCGCCACCAAGCUCCGAGUCUCCAACAAUCUCCACUCCACCUCGCGCACUCAACUCCAUGAGUACAGCAGAUCUUCAGGUGGAUGUGGCGCGAUCGGGCCCCCGCGACGCCAGCUCCGAGAGCGGCUCCCGAGCAUUACCGUCGCGCACGACCGCGCCGCACGAUCACUGGCGCUCCCGCAGCGCGCUACAAACAAACUUGACCCGCACUGCGGCCGCUACCACCGCUGCCACCGCUACCACCGCGGCACACACCUACGUCUUGAGACAUUUCGAACCUUAUCGGGCCGAUUUUAAAGCUGGCGAGUAUGGCGACAACGCGGCCGAGUACGCGGCCGAGGAGGCACCGGCGGGCAGCCCCGCGGCGCCGCCCUCCCCGCGCGCGGCUCUCACCCCUCCGGGACCCGCUAUUGUCGCUCGCAGAGCACCGCCGCCUGACUCGCCAAAACCGGCCCUAGACAAAAACAGUGCAAUGAGUUCCAAAUCCACGAUUCAAUUUAUUACAAUAGCCGCAAGAAUGAUAUUUUAUGCUCAUUGUCAUGUAGAAUAA